UCUCUCGGGUGACGUUUCGCAAGCGCCAGUGAGCGCCGCGCGGUUCUAGAUUGGAUAGAGUUCAGUAAGGUCACCAGCCUCUCGCCGGUACGCGGGUUUGUGUUUCUACGUGCUCUUGCGUUUCUCCAAGAGCUUUUUUUCGUGAAGAGAUCGCGCUCGCUCUCUCAUUUUUCUCCCUCUUUCUCUGUCUCUCUCUCUCUCUUUCUCGCCACGUCGAUCCAUCGCGAACAGUCGGCGAUAGUUCGCUCGCUCCGCUGCCAUUUCCGACGCGAAUCCGAGCUGUCGUCAUCAUCCGUUUCCCACGGAUCAUCACGAACGCGGGGACGCAGUCGGCCGACGUCAGCCGCUGAUACGUUCGCGCACAAGUUCGUUCCGCAGCUCCGAAGAACCGACUCCUUCUCGAGCGGUAGUGCGAGGAACAAAUCGGAGGAAGAGGAACAAAAAAGAGGAAGAGGAAGUUGUGAAGAAUAUAAAAAGAUAUUUUCCGCGCAAGAGAGAAAGAGAAAGAGAGAGAUGGCCAAGAAGACUCGGAUGGUAACAAUGUAUCUUCCAAAAUAUUAAAAGGUCACCGUUCAUCAUUGAAAUUAAAAUGUUGGAUUCUGAGAGAAAUUGAUUUUUGAGAUAUUUAAUAACAAUGGCAGAAAAUAUAGAUGAAAAUACUAAUAAAUCAGCGGAAAACAGCAUGUCGGAAAUUUCCGCAGCAGACGACAGAAUAGUUUCCUCUGAUAAGGAAAAUCAUGAACAAAUGAACAUCAACGAACCAUCUACUUCUAAAGAAGCCUUAGACGCUACUGUUGAAAAGGAGAAAAUCGAAGAUAUGGAUUUACAUAGUUCCGAACAGCAACCAAAUACUUCUAAAACCGAUUGUAAUGGGGAUUUGAAGGAGGAAACUAAUCUCGAGAAGAUCGAAUCCGAGACUACCAAAUCUGAGAUUAAUAAACCUUCUGAGACUAACAAAUCUGAGACCAAAGAGAGCAAUGAACCUAGUUCUGCAGAAGCAAAGAUGGACGACACCAUUUAUGCUACCACCCUACAGAGUAGCCUAAAUGAGAUCAUAAAAGUUGUUCAUGGAGAUUUGGCGAUGGAGAUACUCCGAUGCGCUAACGAUACUACGGAAGACAAUGACGAAGAGAAUAAUGAAAAAGAUCAACAAACGGUAAGGAAGGAAGAUGACGUUUCGAAAGAUGAUACGGCUGACAGUGUGAAGGAAUGUCCUACUUCCCCGGCCGCAGAGGACAAAAAUGACUCAAGAGAGUCCUUGAACAAAACGGAAGAGAAAUCAAACAUUGGAAUUGUUCAUUCUCCGACCGCGUUUGGCGAACUUAUUGAAGAACAGCUUGCUAGCGAUUCUGCAUUAUCGACUGAUCGCGCGGACCACAUAGUAGAAUGGGUCAAAAACUCGGUAGUAAACGCCAACAAAGAGGAUAACAUUCUCGAAAAAACUAAAUUUAAGAUAUACGAAGAGAACACGACGUACGAGGCAGAGAAACGAAAGAUGACUAGUGUCACUCCACCUUUCAUAUCGGCCAAAAAAUCGUUGAAGAUAGUUAGCAACAUUAUAAAGAAGAGUAUUAAAUGUUUAAACAAGAUGCAUGCGAUGGAGGGUACGACCGAGAGUAAGCGAAAGGUGGAUACCGCAGAGGACGACAAGACAUCCAGAUCGUCCCGUUCGGCAUCGGUGGGUCGCCCACGCAAGAAGAAGGACGAAUCGCGCUGCGACACUGAGACUCCGAACACUAAGGGUAGACAGCUGCUUGCGAGUACGUCACGACAAAGUGAAACGACUCCGAGUGAUGCCGUGCAGCCGCGUCAUGUUAAAGCAGGGUCUGAACCGAUUGAGAUUAGAAAACGGAAGUCUACUCUGCAAGUCUCACCUCACGCAGGAAAUCCUCCCAAGAAGAAAUUUCGCGACAACUACACACGAGAAGAAUACAUUUCGAGUAUUGUGGGCGACAACAACGAAACUAUCGAAGACCUUGUGGCAAAAGCCGAUCGAUUGCGAGCCGAUAUUUUGACACUUGAAAAUUUAGCACAUGCCAAAGAAAUGGAAUGGAAUGAGAUCUUGAGGAAGAGGAAACUCAAAGAGGAGGCAUACCUGAGGCUCGAAAGGAAGAUACAAACGACAGCCUACAUGGAAAAUGACGGUCAGUUGUCGGAAACUUUACCGCCACGAUCAUCUGUGAGUUCGACCGAAUGGGAGAACAACGGCAGCAAUUCCGUAUCGAAGGAGAGAUCUUUCGAACCUAAGGAGGAUCUAGGCGAGAGAUCUUCGGAUUCAUCGGGUUCGAAGAAAGAGAAAACCCCGAAAGCUAGCUCGCAACAACGAGCGACUCCUCCGAAAACCAAUGGCGAGAGCAAUCGUAAACAAAAUGAGGUGUCGAGUCCGGAAAGUCGACAGAUCGGAGAAGGCCGUCAAGGUGCAAUAGUGGAUGUCAGAUCCAUUAUUGCCGACCACAGGCUUAAGCAUCCAGAAACCGUACCAAGGAGAGGUCGACGAUUAAGAAAUUCAAACGUGAAUAUCAAUCUCAGUGCUGGCGGCGCCAUGGUUGAAACUGGACAUAAUGCUGAUUCAAGACCGUCUAGCACAGAAUCGUGCAAGAGCAAUCCAAGCACGAACGAUCCCAUGAACUAUAAAGACAUGCUAGUACAAUUUGCUAAACUGAGUCAGCAAGGUGAACCCGUCAAGGUACCGCAGAAUUAUCCAGAUGUGACGCUUCAUCCUGUGACACCUUCGUCUACCCAGAAUACGUCUCAGCCAACCGGCUCGUUGCUCCACGGAAUUCUAACAAAAGCUCAAACGCCAAGAUCCUCGACUUUUUCACCUACUUUAGCAAGAUUACUCACUGCGCCUGAAAGAGAAAGGAGUUCUCCGGCGGCUGCGGCAGCGGCAGCGGUGGCGGCAGCGACGUCAGCGUCUAUGUCGCAGCCAAGCGCCACGACUCAACACCUUUUGCAGACAUACCAAGGCUCUAAUAUGGUUUCUAUAAAUGAUCUCCUGUCUUCUUCCAAGGCUCGCACAGAGAUAACUAUAACCCCCGUUGUUAACACUCCCGCGCAAUCUCACUCCAACGAUUUAAUUCAAGUGGAGGAUGUAGAGGACGAAACAUCGGUAAUUGAUGAUAGGAAAGGGAACUCAGUGAUUGGAAGAGAUGGUAAACAAAUAGUGAAGGACAAUCCACCUUCACCAAAUGCUCCACCAAAAUGUCAGGGAUGCAUAAUUCGACCCGCACAGUUUGUUUGCGCCGGUUGUGGAAAUCAGUGGUAUUGUAGUCGUUCAUGUCAGCUUGCUGCAUGGGCAACACACUCUGAUCACUGUCCGCCGGAGCCCGAGAAUAGCAAAACAAAGACCAACGUUUAACUCCCGAGAUCCCUGCAUGUCUGGUGCAUACAAUGGCAUCAGGCGAGAGAUAUCAACAUAACUGAGUACGAAUCUAGUCAAGGAAGGAGGUUCAAGGAUAUAAUUCAUAUUAAGAGACAAAUGAGAUGCGAAGAGAAUCGAAAAGGGAUCGUGUGUGUAUCGUAUUGAUGUAAUAUUGGAAAGAUCCUUGUCGAAGUGAAUGGAUGAUGUCGUCCUAUUUAUCACAAGCAUUUACUGAUCUCCCAUCUUGAAAGGAGGUUUCACGCUAUCACGUUCUGUUCUUUGCAGAACGAAUUCGUGAAUUUUCUUGCACUUUGCUCGAGCUUUAGAUGAAGAAAAUUGUCUUCUUUCGAUGACGAAAAUUUCGAUGACGCGAUAAUCGAUGCCAUUGGUUAACGAGCCUCGUGUGUUAUGUAUAAUUCUUUUUCUUUUAGAUUUUACUACAUACACUAGUCGAAAAUUUUUGAAUGCUCGAAAAAUGAGCGGGAAAGAAUAAAUAAUUUCGUGGCGCUUUGUGGGAGUGGAGCACAAUACUAUGUAACGCGAUGCUGUAUAUAAUUUUAUACAAUUUAAGAGAGUUAUUCAGCGUCGAUUUUAGAACGUCGAUUAAUCGCGUGCCAUGUGUAAGAUCGGGGGCGGAUUGGCCGUCAGCUCUCUGAAAGAUAUCGAGAG